AUGGAUCUGCAAAUCUCAGUUUUUCUUCUGUUCGUUCUUUUCACCACAGGACGCUCGCUUAUCUGUAAUCAGUGCCCAGGUGUGUCAAACCCUUGUGAACAGAUACCAUGUCCUGAUGGACUUUCCAACUGCUUUGCUGCGACAGCAUAUGCUAAUGCAUUAGGAGUCAGUUCCUCUUUACUAACGGUUAAAAGUUGUGCUCCGGCUACCUGUCCAAGUGGGUCCAUCAACCUCGGCAAUAUAAAAUUGUCUUCUUACUGCUGUAGCACAGACCUGUGUAAUGACAAAGAUUCUCCAGAUCCCAACAGCAAUGCUCCCAAUGGAAAGACGUGUUACACUUGUGAUGGGCAGGGCUGUUCAAGCAUAAUGACCUGUUCAGGGAGUGAAGACCGCUGCUUUAAAGCAACAGCGAGUUUCGGAGGCCAGUCAGUGGGUGUAAAAGGUUGUGUCUCUAAAGCCAUUUGUGAUGCCACAUCUUUGAUUCCUAAGGUUGAGGGCAUCUCGUGUUGUUCUGGGAACCUGUGUAACAGUGCUAAGAGUGUCACUCAGAGCUUCCUGUUCCUCUGCUGUUCUCUGCUUUCCUUCAUACUGCUGCACUGAAUACAGCAGCUACAACUACAGCUGCAGCAAACACACAAUGUUAAUGCUCAAAUAUAUAACUCCUAUUUUUUGUAACUAUGUUUGUGAGCGUAAUAUUCAAGCUGUUGGAAUAUAG